AUGGUUCUGUUUGGUUCUGUUGGGUUCUGUUAGGUUCGGUCCCUCCCUCUGUGGGUCCUCAGCUGCGGCUCCGUCUAGCUGCUGUCAGCCUGGUUCCGUUACCGGACAGGUCCAGGUUCUGGUUCCAUCUGCGGCCGAACCGGGUUCGCUGGUCCCCGUCACACCUGCAUCUGUGUGGUCCCGGCGGUACCAGACCCAGUUCCAGGUUCUGUUGGGUUUUUAUGGGUCACAGAGCAGAACCUGGUACGAAGCCCGACACAUCGGCACCCAGAACCCAGACCUGCACGUUGGUACCAGCUCUCCAGAGGACAUCAGAACCACAGGUUCUGAUCACCGGCUGCAGGUCGUCAUGGAGACCGCUGUUGCCAUGGAGGAGGAUGCUGACGUAGCCCCGGUGAGCCAGGCCGAGGUCCAGCCUAAAGCCGCGUCCAGCCAGGCCCGGCGCCGGCCCGUAGGGAGGAGAGUCCAGAGAGGAAAGAGGCGGGGCCUGGCGGAGAAGAGGCGGGGCCAGAAGCUGAAGAGGCGGGGCCAGGAGGCGGAGGAGGGCGUGACGGUGAAGAGGACGUGGGGCGGGAAGCGGCGCUGGGACAAGAAGCACUACUGCGUGUUCUGCCGCCGUCCGCAGGUCAAGAUCUCCCGCCACCUCCUCAGGAAGCACGCCGACCAGCAGGAAGUGAUGGCUGCCGGCGCCCUGCCCACCGGGUCCAAGCAGCGCCACCUGCUGCUGGAACACCUGCGCUGCAGAGGCAACUACCUGCACAACAUCGAGGUGAUCCGGCAGGGAUGCGGUGAGAUCGUCCCGUGGCGGCAGCCCUCAGAGGAGGUGGAUGCCAGGAACUACCUGCCCUGCCCGCUCUGCCUGGGCUUCUUCCUGCGGGCCGACCUCUGGAGGCAUCAGGUGUCGUGUCGGAAGAAGCUCGCCACCGACGCUGUGGACGUCGCCGUUGCCACGGACACCGCCGUCGCCACGGACACCGCCGUCGCCACGGACACCGCCGACGGCGCGGAGACCGCCGUCGCCGUGGACACCGCCGUCGCCGUGGACACCGCCGUCGCCGCGGACACCGCCGUAGACGAUCCCGCCGUAGACGCUCCCCCCGUAGACGCUCCCCCCUCAGAGGCCAAGGAUCCAGCUGCAGAGACCUCUGAAGAGGCUCCAAACCACAGCUCUGAGCACAAAGACAGCCAGACCCUCAGUUCUGAGCCCGGUGUGGAUCAGAACCAGAACCCAGGACAGAACCAGCCUAAGAAGAGGAGCCGGGUCCAGGCCGCAGCGUCCCGCCUGCUGCCCAUCUCCAGCGGCGCCUCAGAGAGCUGCAGUGAGAUCUUGCACCGCAUGAACCAGGACAACGUGUCCUACGAGGUGAAGUCCGACUGGCUGAUCUGUAAGUACGGCAACAAGCUGAUGGGGAGCCGCGACGGCAGCCGGCGGAGCUACGAGUACGUCAGCCAGAAGCUGCGGGAGCUGGGCCGCCUGCUGCUGGCCGCCAAGUCUCUGGACCCGGACGUCCAGAACCUGCAGGACCUGCUGGUACCGGGUCGGCUCAGCCUGGCUCUGUCUGCCGCCAGGAAGGCCGCCGGGUACCGGUGGAGCCGGCCCCCGCUGGCGGUGAAGACCACCCUGAAGUCCGUCUGCGAGAUCGCCAUCGGGGAGAGUCUGCAGGACGGAGACUGGGAGGCCGCGGCCAGAACCACCGACUUCUACCACAUGCUGGGCCGGGAGUGGGACCACCUGGGCCUGCAGAACCCCGACCCGGACCCUGCAGAGGGAGGAGACGGACCCAAAAAACAACCGGGUCAGCCCAGAACCGACAAGAACCCCAGACCCGAUGCUCGCUCCAAGUCGGGGAACACACCUGAGGUCACCUUGGUUCCUCCAGAGUCCAGACCGCCGGGCCUCCUCCCAGUUCCCGGUUCCCCCAGGAAGGUCCGGCGCCGGCCCUGGUCCUCUGCAGAGAAGGACGCCAUCUGGAGGCACCUGGGGGUCCAUGUUCUGCUGCAGACGGUACCGGGCAAGCAGGUGUGCCAGCGCUGUCUGGACCAGGAACCCGUCCUCAGGGGCAGACACUGGAAGGACAUCAAGAACCAGGUCCACAACCAGAUCCAGAGCCAGAAGAAGCAGCAGUUCCACGCCAUGAUGGACCAGGAGGAGGCUCAACAGAACCAGAACCAGAACAAGCCGCGCCCCCAGACCUGUCAGGCCCAACUGGACCAGCAGAAGAAACACCCCGAUCCAAACCAGCACAAGCAGACCCAGGUGGAACAGAACCAUCAGAACUCUCAGUACCAGAAGACGCCACAACACCAGGUCCAGAUGAACCACCAGGUCCAGAAUGCCAUUCGGAACCAGAAGAAGCAGCAGGACCAGCAGAACCAGGAGUGUCCCAAUAAGAAGCAAUUCUUCCACACCAGACUAGACCACCAGGAGCCCUGUGAGGUCCAGAUGGACCACCAGAACCAGCAGCUGCAGAACCCGGACACCUCUAUGUUGCCGGUCCCAUCGUACGAACCAGACGGACCUCUCCGAGCUCACGGACAGGUUCUGUUGGACCGGGAACCUCCUAUCGCUCAGUACCCGGUCCUGCACCGGGCCCUGGGCCACCACAUAGAACCGCUGCUGACCAGAACUGACUGGACCGACGAGGUUCUGGUUCAGAACUACCAGCUAAACAGGCCCAUGGGCCGGAACCUCGUCCAGGAAGUUGCAUCAAUCGGACCGCCACCGGGUCCACUCUCUGGUCACGUCCAGUUCUGAUGGACAGGCCCUGUUUGGUCUCAGGUCCGGUUCUGAAGAGACCACCUCCGUCUCAGACUGUAGCCUCAGUUCUGUUGGGUUCUGCUCUGGUUCUUUUGGUUUGUCUGAACCUGCAGGGAAACCAGAUCCAGCAUAACGUCAGGGCGAGGUUCUCUGACUCUUCAGGCACCAGAACUGGACCAGAACUUUGGUGAAGAACUCUGCUGGUAGUAAUGGUCUGAGUCAUAAUUACAGGUCUCAGGUCCAGAGAACCAUCAGAACCACUGUCACUUGGGUUCUGAUCCCGCCUCAGAUGUUCUGCAGAUCCUGACCGGUUCCUUUAGAACCUUCAGUCAGUCUUAAUCCAUCACUGAGUUCUGGUGAGCUUGAUGAAAGGUUCUGGUUGGUCCAGAGGGUGUGGGUGGGGAGGGGGGGGGGGGGGGGGGUAGGAGCUUCAGUAGGGAGGUCCAGACGUCUCUACUCGGAACCCUUUGGGUCAAAGUUUGAUCACCUCAGCCCUGGUUCCUGAAGUUGGACUCGUCUGUUUCUUUACCGGGUCUCAGGUUGUCCCAGCAGCACCAGAACCACCUAACUGGAGAAGCAGGUCUUAGAUCCUGGGUGUCCCGGUUCUGUGCCAGGUUCUUCUACUAGUGUGACCCACUCUGGAGUUUCCGGAUGGAUUGUUCUGACCCGCCGUGACCAAGACAGGAACCAAAUGGGCUCACUAAUAAACAUUAACUGAGCUUUUAGGAGAACGUGGACCCGGUGUCCCAGCUGGUCGGUAGAACCAGAACGGUUCUAGAUUAAUUCAGUCCAAUCAUUAUUUAAAGCAGAGAAUCAGAACCAGUGGCUCCUCAUCCUGCAGCACUUCUGUUUCACCAGGAAAGGUUCUGUUUAAUAUGAAGCGGGAUAUGAAGAGAACUUCUAGUCAGAGACCCGAGGGGUUCAUCCACCAGAACCUUCUACUGGACCAGGGCAGCUUCUCCUGUUUGAAUCGGCUUUAAACCCAGAGAACCUGGCUGGACUUUACUGGGUUCUGUCAGGUACCAUCGGUGCUGGACCUGCCACCUGAUCCAGUUGGAUAGAGGUUCUGGUGCCGAACGGACAGAUUGGUGCUUAUUGUUGGGCUUCAGAUAAACUUUAUAUUGUAAUAAAUAAUUUCUUCUA